AGCCAAGUGUUAAGCAGGUUAAUGAAACCUUUUUGCAAAUUGAACAAUAUGACCGUACAAAGUUUUCAAAUCCCGAAAGAGUCGGUACUGGAGCAUAUAAGAAAUUAUAUCGAGCUAUUUCAGAAAGUGAUGAAAUGGUCGUUGUUUUGAAACAAGUGGAUAAUAAAAAUGAAAAAGAACUUUUAAAAGAGGAACAAGUUAAAUCAUAUAACUUAAUAUUUGACAGAGAAUUUCAUACGCACAGAGGAAAUAAUAUAAUUAUAAAUGAGCAUUCAUCAGAAAUUUGGUUAGAACCCAGAAUGGAAAAUAAUCAUUUACAAGAAAUGCAAAUAGAUCUUAAUUUAGCAGAACGAAUUGAUAAUAGAGUUAUAUCACACCAAUCUGUGGAUGACAAUAUUCAACCAUUCAAUUCUUUAUUUAAAACGGUCACAGAAGUAAUUGAAAAAAUGCUGACAAUAUAUGAAUCUGCUGAAUGUAGUAAAAAAAUUUGUUGCGCAUUAUUAUUUCGAGCUGAAAUAGCACAAACUUGUAUAAAAAAUUUGCAAAGAAAACGUCAAGCUAAUUCUAAAAAUUUUCGACGACAAGAUUAUUAUCUUACUUGGAUUAAAUUUAUGAAUGUUUUAAAGAAUAUCAUGAUAUUUGCUGAAGAAAUUACACAGUUAUCAUGGUUCCGAAAGUUUUUAAAUAUCAAUAUGGUUAUAGAUACUUUUUAUGCAAAUAUUGUAGAAUUCGAAGAUUCUUGCUAUGAUUUAAAUUUAAUUGCAGCUGUGUACAGUGCUGAACAAAGAGAAAAAGAGGCACAAGAUGUAGCUUAUGAUAUUUUAAUUUUGAGAAAGUCAUUGGAUGGAAUGCAACCCGAAAUUAAAACAUUAACUACAGAGAUUGCUGUAUUGAAUGCUGCAAAACAUUCUUUAAAAAAUGCUACGCCUGAGAUUAUAGCUUCAAAUGUUCCGAGAAGACUGUGCAAAAUACCUCGAAUAAAUUCAGAGGAACUAAAUGAUCUACCUCCUUCUAAAGAUAAUAGACCUGCUGAAUUUUUAGAAAAAAUUUAUAGAGAAUCAAAGAGGGAUUCUGUAACUAGUGAAAUGGAAAUUGAUGAUUCAAAAACUAUUGCAAUUAUUGGACCAACUUAUAGUGAUGAUUCGAAAACUAUAGUGAUUAGUGAAACACUUGUAAUCGAACAACCAGCAAAUGAAUCAACAAAUGUUGAAGAAUCAACAAAUGUUGGAGAAUCAACAAAUGUUGGAGAAUCAACAAACGUUGGAGAAUCAACAAAUGUUGGAGAAUCAACAAAUGUUGGAGAAUCAACAAAUGCCGGAGAAUCAACAAAUGUUGAAGAAUCAACAAAUGUCGGAGAAUCAAUGAAUGUUGAAGAAUCGACCAAUGUUGAUGAAUCAAUGAAUAUCGAAGAAUCAACAAAUGUUGAAAAAUCAACCAACGUCGGAAAAUCAACCAAUUUUGAAGAAUCAACCAAUGCUAAAGAAUCAACCAAUGCUAAAGAAUCAACCAAUGUUGGAGAACCGACCAAUGUUGAGAAACCAACCAAUAUUGAAGAAUCAACAAAUGUUGAAAAAUCAACAAAUGUCGAAGAAUCAACCAAUGUUGAAGAAUCAAUGAAUAUCGAAGAAUCAACAAAUGUUGGAAAAUCAACCAACGUUGGAGAAUCAACCAUUGUUGAAGAAUCAGCCAAUGCUAAAGAAUCAACCAAUGCUGAAGAAUCAACCAAUGCUGAAGAAUCAACCAAUGCUGAAGAAUCAACCAAUGCUGAAGAAUCAACAAAUGUUGGAGAACCAACCAAUGUUGAAAAACCAACCAAUGUUGAAGAAUCAAUGAAUGUUGGAUCAACCAAUGUUGAAAAAUCAACCAAUGCUGAAGGAUCAACAAAUGUAGAAGAAUCAACCAAAGUAGAAGAAUCAAUGAAUGUUGAAGAAUCAACCCAUGUAGAAAAAUCAGCCAAUGUAGAAGAAUCAACCAAUGUUGAAAAAUCAACCAAUGUAGAAGAAUCAACAAAUGUAGGAGAAUCAAUGAAUGUUGAAGAAUCAACCAAUAUUGAAAAACCAACAAAAGUUGAAAAGCCAACCAAUGUUGAAAAGCCAACCAAAGUUGAAAAGCCAACCAAUGUUGAAAAGCCAACCAAUGUUGAAAAAUCAACCAAUGUAGGAAAAUCAACCAAUGUAGAAGAAUCAAUGAAUGUUGAAGAAUCAACCAAUAUUGAAAACCAACAAAAGUUGAAAAGCCAACCAAUGUUGAAAAGCCAACCAAUGUUGAAAAAUCAACCAAUCCAACCAAUGUUGAAAAUUCAACCAAUGUUGAAAAGUCAACCAAUGUUGAAAAAUCAAUCAAUGUAG